AUGGAUUCCGGAUUUGGUGACCCAUCCCUUUCCUCAACCCAGUUAAGACAAAAGGCAUACACAGUCAUCAAGAACAGUGACAGGCCUUUAGCAAGCUGCGAGAUCGAAAAAUGGAUUCGCAACAAUGAUUAUGACCUUUGGUGCAAGGUUUCAGCCAAAUGCAAGGAUUACGUAAGAGUAAUCUUGAGUCAGACACGCGGCAAGACAAUUGCCAAGUUUAAAUCUCUUAAGCCAAUCCCUGGCAUCGAUAAGAGAUCUACUUUCUAUGGCAUUUAUGGCCGCGCAUAUCCAUCAGAUUCAUGGGUUCCUACCUCAGAUGAUGCCCGUGUAAAGGUUCGUAAGCAUGAUGACGACGCUUACGAUGAGGAGACAAAUUAUUCUGCUUCCAAGGAAGAGUCUUCUCAAUCAAGCGAUGAAAGCGCAGAAUCAUCCCCAAAGAUUAUGGCUAUCCCAAUUCAUGAAUCUCCAAAGCCAGUCGAAAAGAAGGAAAGAGUUUUAUUACCACCUCUUCCUCCGUUCAGAUUACUUUGCGGAACAAAUCCUAUCUUCCCAUCACUUAUCACAAACAGUCCUAUCUUAUUACAGGCCGACCUUGAUCCAAUUAAUUUAUUAUUGAAUUAA